AACGUGCCAAGUGUAGACGGAAAAACUUGUCAUCACUCUGUUCUCAACUGUAAACAGACAGCUACCAAACCAUUUCUCUUCUUCUGAGCUGUUGAAUCGACAACUAAUGCGUAGCUUUCAUCUUCUUCUCCGUCCCUCUUUCUCGUAAUAAACUCUCCCCCCAAAAUUCCAUUUUGAACUCUUCGUUCCUUGCCUCGAUUUCUUCGCCCUUUUCGCCCUUAUAACCAGGUAACUACAUACCCAUUUCUCAUUCUGCUUUCUGGGUUCUUGGGCUCUUCUUCUCUUCUAUCUUUGUGAUGGCUACUGCAGUCUUUCAGCAACCUUUCGGGAGUCUUCAGUCUCAUCGUCAUGUCAACAACUCUGCAGUUCAUCUCGAACUUGGGAGUUGCUCGGUUAGACUGAUUUCGAAAAGUUUCAAGCUUGAUAAUGGACAGUCAAGAAAAGAUACUUAUUGCCGUGGACAGAGGAAUUUUGCUGUCAUUCAAGCCUCAACUUUUCAAACUUCACUGGUUGAUCCUGUUUCAUUCCCUUCAGGAAACAGCGCUAGUGAAUCCCAGAAGAAAUCAAGUGAAGCAGCCUUGAUACUUAUUAGGCAUGGUGAGUCAUUAUGGAAUGAGAAGAACCUGUUCACAGGUUGUGUCGAUGUGCCACUGACCAACAAGGGCGUGGAAGAGGCAAUUGAAGCUGGAAAUCGGAUCAGUAAUAUACCUGUCGACAUGAUAUAUACAUCAGCAUUGAUUCGUGCUCAGAUGACUGCCAUGCUUGCCAUGACCCAGCACCGUCGAAGGAAGGUGCCAGUCAUUUUGCACAAUGAGAGUGAACAAGCUAGGAGCUGGAGUCAAAUUUUCAGUGAGGACACCAUAACGCAGACCAUUCCAGUGAUAACGGCAUGGCAACUGAAUGAGAGAAUGUAUGGGGAAUUACAGGGACUCAACAAGCAGGAAACAGCGGAUAGAUUUGGAAAGGAAAAGGUUCAUGAGUGGCGUCGGAGCUAUGACAUACCUCCUCCUAAUGGCGAGAGUUUGGAAAUGUGUGCAGAAAGAGCCGUUGCUUAUUUUACAGAAUAUAUUGAACCUCAGCUUCAUAGUGGAAAGAAUAUAAUGAUUGCUGCCCAUGGGAAUUCAUUGAGAUCCAUCAUUAUGUAUCUUAACAAGUUAACUUCUAAGGAGGUUAUCAGUUUGGAACUAUCAACUGGAAUUCCUAUGCUAUACAUAUUCAAAGAAGGAAAGUUCAUUAGGAGGGGAAGUCCUGUAGCACCAACUGAGGCUGGGGUAUAUGCAUAUACUACGGAUUUGGCUUUAUACAGAGAGAAGUUGGAUGAAAUGUUGAACUAAUCUGCUACAUUGCUGGUAACUUACUACUGCUGCUGAAGCCGUUCAAUCACCUUAAGCAAGCUAAUAAAUUCUUGUGCAUUUUGAGAGGGGGGGGGGGUAAUCUUAAUUUUUAUAUGUGCUCGGUUUGUAAGUACGUAUAUACGAAGAAAUUCAGGAAGCUAAUGUACUUGUUAUAUUUCCUGAUCAAUGUAGUUGUAUCUGAAUCUCUGCAGUCUAAGAAUAAGUGUAUGCACGUCUAUGGUAGUGUGAUUACAAUCUGUAAUAGUGUAAAUUGAAAUAAGUCCAUCUCCACAUAUAAUGUAGGAGUAAGGUUUGCGUAUAUCUCGCUCAUUCUCAACCCGCCCACUGCGAGAAUUCAUUUUUUCAUUGAAUAGAUCAUUUUUUUCCC